AUGAAGGUAAUCAAAUGUGAAUCUCUGAAGGAAAUUGUAUCAGAGCAAGGAAAUGCAGACUUUGUUGACAUUGUUUUCAAACAACUAAAAAAUCUGGAACUUGUGUCGCUGAAGAACCUCAAAAGUUUCUGCAGCUCUAACAAUUGUGGCUUCGAGUUCCCAUCGUUGGAGAAAUUAGUAGUGAGUGGAUGUACCAAAAUGGAAAAUUUCUCUGAAAAAGUCAAGUGCACUUCAAUUUUACAAAAAAUAUAUGUUGUACAUGAACAAGAGAAAAGAUGGUCCUGGCAUGGUCAUUUAAAAGAUACUAUACAAAACAUGUUUGCGGAAAAGAAAUUUUUUGAAGGCUUGGAGAAGAUGAGUCUUUCCGAACAUCCUAAGCUACAACAAGCCUGGAAUGAUGGAGUUGAUAUAGAAAACAAUUGGUUUUACAGUUUGAAAACUUUGAAGCUGGUCAACUGUGAAAUUCAACCACCAUGUGCAAUUCCAUCACAUGUUCUUCCUUAUUUAAAUAGAUUAAAAGAAUUGGAAGUACGGAAUUGUAAGAAAGUAAAGGCAGUUUUUGAUAUGAAUGGCACUGAGAUUAUAGAAACAUCAUUCCAGUUGAAGAAAUUGACUUUAAGUCGGCUAGAUGAGCUGACGCAUGUGUGGAAAAAGACUGGUCAAGGAACUCUCAAAUUUCAAAAUCUACAAGAAGUCUUUAUUAGUAGUUGUUAUAAACUGGGAACUCUGUUUCCCGCUGCCCUGGCCAAAAAUCUUAAGAAGCUUGAGAAACUUGAAGUACAAAAUUGUGAGAAGUUGGAAGAAAUUGUUGGACAGGAAGAAGAAGCAGUUGCACAAGAAACAGAAGAAAUUGUUGUACAGGAAGAAGCAGCAGUUGCACAAGUAACUGAAAAGUUUGUGUUCCCUCGUCUAACCUCGCUGGUUCUUUGGAAUUUGCCACGACUCACUCACUUUUGCCCUGGAACAAUCACUUUGGAAUGCCCCUCGUUAAAUCAUUUAUCAGUGGGCAAUUGCAAGUUGGUGCUAUUUCCAAGUGUAAAUCAAUGGGCCAUUUCCAACCUGGAGGAAUUGGUGCUCGAUGGGAAACAAACUUUGGAUGAGAAGGAGGAGUCUACUAUGCUCUUUGAAAUACUCGAAAAGGCACCCAAUUUAGAAGAUCUGACUAUACUUAUGCUCUCACAAAAGCCCAAAAUUGCUGAACGAGGGAUGCCUGGACAUUUGAAAGUAUUGACACUUCACAAAGUUGAUGUGCUCAAGCGCAUUGGGUCAGAGGACUCAUCAUGGUUAAACACACUCUGUGAAAAGCUCCACAAACUGUAUGUUUCCUGGUGUCCUGAGUUGACAACAUUAGUACAUUCUCAUUCUGGUGUAUCUUUCUCCUAUCUAAAGGAAUUAAGUAUAUGGGCAUGUCAUAAAUUGGAGUAUUUGUUCACAUCUUCAACUGUAAAAAUGUUAAAUAGCCUUGAGAAGAUUGAAGUUGAGAAUUGUGCACAUAUGAUAGAGAUAGUGGAAAAAGAGCAAGUUGAAACAACUUCAGAAGGGAUCAAAUUUGAGCGGCUGACCUGGAUACUUCUAAAAGAUUUAUUAAGGCUGAAACAUUUUUAUUCAGGCAAUGAAACCUUGGAAUUACCGUCUCUGAUACAAGUGGACAUAAUGAAUUGCUACAGGAUGGAAAUUUUUUCCCAAGGAUCAGUAAAUUCCAGAUCUUUUAGGGGAAUUCAAGCUUCGGCUAACUCAAAUGAUGAUUUGAUCUUCAACAAUGAUGUUAACGACUCUCUAAAAAAGGUGUUUCUUCUACGGCAGGGUCAUUUGGUUAUCGGGGAUUCUCCAGUAUUGCAAAAGAUAUGGCUUAAGUCAGAGUCAGUCCCAGACUGGGGCUUCCGUUAUUUAAUUUCUUUAGUCGUGGAAGGGUGUAAAUUUGUAUCAGAUGCCAUACUACCUUCUCAUUUACUUCCUGUCCUAAUUAACUUGGAAGAGUUGCAAGUGAGAAAAUGUAAUCUUGUUAAGGCAAUAUUUGAUCAUAUGAUUUAUAUGGGAACUGCUCCUGAACCCCUCUCCAUUCGCUUAAAGAAACUGAUUUUGGACCAAUUGCCCUGUCUUGAACAUAUCUGGAAUAAGGAUCCUCAAGGAAGUCUCAGCCUUCCAUUUCUAGAAGAAGUUUGGGUUGAUGGAUGUAAAAGUAUGAAAAGUUUGUUUCCAGCAUCAGUAGUCAAAGAUGGACUACAGAAACUUGAUGUGAAAAACUGUGAAGGGUUACAGGAAAUUUUUGCAAAGGGUGAAGCAACCAAAGAAGAAGCAGAUAAAGAACUUGCUAUAUUGCCUAAAAUAAGUUCAUUGAGGCUACAAAAUUUGCCAAGUCUAGAGCACAUUUGGAAUAAGGAUCCUCAAGGAAGUCUCAGCCUUCCAUUUCUAGAAGAAGUUUAUGUUGAUGGAUGUAAAAGAAUAAAAAGUUUGUUUCCAGCAUCAGUAGCCACAGAUGGACUAAAAGAACUUCACGUGAAAAACUGUGAAGGGUUAGAGGAUAUUUUUGCAAAGGAUGAAGCAACCAAAGACGAAGUAAAUAAAGAACUUAUUAUAUUACCCAACAUAACUUCUCUAAGGCUACGGAAUUUGCCAAAUCUGAGGUGCAUUUAUCCUGGAAUGCACAUUCUAGAAUGGCCUAGUUUAAAAGAAAUAGAUGUAAUGCUGGAGAUUCUUUUAAAGGAGUUUCAAACUUUUCCAGAUUCCCUUCCAAAGGGUCAAGAUAGUUCUCCAACAGACGAGCAAGUCUUUAUCUCACUUGAAAAGGUUACUCCCAACUUGAAGGUACUAUGGCUCACUAAGGAAGAAGCCAUGAAAAUGGAGCAAGGAAAACUUCAUGUUGACCAUCAAAGAAUAAACUCCCUCAAUUUGCAAUUCUUUCAUGAUGAAUCAGAAGAAUUUCCAUUUGUUUUCCUUUCAAAGUUGACGUUAUCCAGAAUUGAAAAGCUUGGGGUGGUUGAUAAUGCCUUCAAAGAGAUAUUCCCCUCUCAAAGGCCUGACAUAGAUUGUACUAAAAUCCUUUCACAGCUUAAAGGAUUGGAGCUUCAGAGUCUGUCUCAGCUUAAAUCCAUAGGGUUAGAGCAUUCCUGGGUAGGCCCAUUCCUUGGAAAUCUAGAAACAUUACUUGUUUCGGCAUGCAAUUGUUUGACAAACUUGACACCAUCCACUUUGUCUUUCUGCAAUCUGAUACAGCUUAAUGUAAAGGAUUGUGGUGGAUUGAAAUAUUUGUUCACAUCCUCAACCGUCAAAACAUUGCCUAAACUGGAGAAGAUGCGUAUAGCCAACUGUGUAUCAAUAGAAGAAAUAGUGUUUACAGAGGGCGAGGAACAAGAUACAGAUAAUAUGAUAAUAUUCGUGCAGCUUGGGGAAUUGACUCUUGACUCGUUGCCAGAACUUAAAUCCUUUUGCUCGGGGAGUUCCUUUUUGCAUUUCCCAACCUUGUCUGAGGUGUCCAUCACCCGAUGCCAAAGCAUGAAAUGUUUCUGUAAUGGUGCCUUUGAAGAAUAUGGUAAAGUGGAGAUGAGAAUAGACGGUGCAUGGUGUUCUGGAAUGAAUAUAAAUAAUAUAAUAAAAAAACAAGUGGGAGAAUACAACCGAGGAUGCUGAUGAACCAAUGAGUUAGUGUAUUGCACUAAUUGGAAGCUAAGCACAC